AUGGACGCCCAAGCCUACCUAAUCAAGCACGGCUGGUCCGGCCCCGGCAACCCCCUCAAGACCGAAAGACCCGGCCAAUACGGCGGUCUAGGCCUAACACGACCGAUUCUCGUCGCGCGCAAAUCCAACAACCACGGCGUGGGCAAGAAGACGACCAAAGAUGCCACGAACCAAUGGUGGCUUCGUGGAUUUGAAGAUGCGCUCAAGGGCGUUGGGCAAGAUAGUCAUGAAGCAAACUCUGCUCGGGAGGGGAAUGCGCUUACGAGUGAGCUUUAUCGGCAUUUUGUGAGGGGGACUGAGCUUGCGGGGACUUUGGAGCCGAUGAAGACGGAGGAGGUUGUUGUUUCGGCUGAGGAGGCUGCGAGGAUUAAGAAGGAGGAGGAGAGGGAGGAGAAGAAGGCUAGGAAGGAAGGGAGGGCUGCGAGGAGGGCGCAGAAGGCUGUUAAGAAGGAGCUUAAGGCUGGGAGGAAGGAGGCUAGGAGGGUGAAGAGGGUUGCGAAGGUUGAGAGGAGGGAGAAGAAGGUUGCUGAGAGGGCGGCGAGGAAGGCGAAGAAGGCUGAGGUUGAGGGGGAGGAUUAUCCUACGCCUAUGUCUAUUGAUCAAGAGGUUGAGGCUAAGGUUGAUUUGGAUGAGGCUGCUUCCAGGCUACGGGAGAAGAAGGCGAAAAAAGAGAAGGUGAAGAGCACAGAAGGCGAGGGCUCGAAAAAGAAGUCCAAAAAGGUCAAAGCCUGA